AUGAGUCAGCCAGGAGGAGCUGGUAACGGUAAGACACAGAUUACAGCUGCUAUAUUGCAGGAAGCAUAUAUCCAUGGAUGUCAGAAUAAUAAUGAGCUCAGCCCAGACUCUUUGAAGUCAUUAGGCUGGGAAAAUUCUAUAAUAGUACGAGUACUAAACAUUUUUACUGAGAAAAGACUAUGCUCUGUAAAAAAAAGUAAAUCAUCUGGGUUAUUAAGUUCUGCUAGUAAUAAAGUCGUCUUUCAAUUAAGAACUGAAGAAGUUGCAUGUAAGCUUAAUAAACUAUCUAAUGAGGAGUAUCUGGUUUUUUGUUCAAUAGAAGAUGCGGGUAAUCAUGGAAUUUGGACUGCCGAUAUUAGAAAAAACACAGGUUUACAAACACAUGUUGUACAACGAGCAGUAAAGGUAUUAUGUAAUGAUUGGAAUCUUAUUCGACCAGUAAAAAGUAUCCAUGUAAAGAACAGAAAGGUUUACAUUUUGGCUUCGUUGGAACCCUCUAAAGAACUGUCAGGAGGUACUUUUUAUGAAAACGGUGAAUUUGAUAUGGCUUUUGUAGACAAUAUUAAAGAGAAGAUUAUAUCUUUUAUUGAUAGCAAAAGAAAAUGUACGGUACAAGAAAUACUAGAGUUUAUCAAUUAUGAUAUGAACAUGGAUUCAUCCUCAGCCAGAAAGAAUAUAUCCCUUUCAGAUUUGCAGUCCGUAAUAAACAUGCUUAUUGUUGAGCUUAAAAUCCUUUGUGUUAAAGGAGGAAAUUCUAAUUCAAAUGAGAUUUUUUUCAUGUGUUUAAAAUGGCCGGAAUCGCUUGCUGUCACACCCGAAGCAGAAGAUGUUCCUUGUCUAGCCUGUCCUGUAUUUGAAACAUGUUCUUGGUCAUUUGAAUCUCAAAUACUCCCAUGUCCUCAAUUAUGCAAAUACAUCGAUUACGCACUAAAUAAUUGUAAACCUCUGCUACCGCAAUAA